UCUGCAUUAGCAAAAAUGCCUGCUUGUAAUGUUCAGCUUCUUGGGGCAAAGAAAAAGACACUUGCUGGAUUUUCCACUACAACCUCUCAAUUUCGUGUAGGUUAUCUUGAGCAAGCUGAGAUUUUCCAAAGCACCCCUCCUUCUCUUAGAACUCGUGCUUGCCGGCUAUUGGCAUCAAAAUCAACUCUAGCUGCAAGGGUAGAUUCUACUAGAGGGGAUCCAACAGGAAAGGUUGGAAGAAACUUGCGAGAUGAAAUCCUUAAAAAGAUUGAAAAAUGGCAGGAACCACCCCCUGCUAAGCAACCAAAACCUCUUCCAGUUCCAGAUUCUGAGCCCAAAAAGAAGAGAGGUGGCCGUCGGUUGAGAAAAAUGAAAGAAAGAUAUGUAGUGACAGAUAUGAUGAAGCUGGCAAAUAGGAUGCAAUUUGGAGUGCCAGAAGAGAGCUCUUUAGGUGAGUAG